AUGGAAGCAAAGCGGAAGUAUAACAAAGCUGUGCGGGAACUGCGGAAUGAGAAACAGCGACAGCGGAACCGACGCAUCCGAGAGAAUCUGGAGCGAUACAGGAACGAGCAACCUGUGAUUGACCUUGAACGGCAACUUUCAGGGAAGCUCGUCGACACCAAGGUGAUGGACACUCUAGAGCACACGGGCUUCAUGCCUCCACAGCAUCUGAUGGUGAUCGAUGCUGUACUAACCAUUCCCGGUGCUACACUUGAAGCAGAAUAUCAGCGCCGAAUCAACGCAAUUAAUGCGAUGAUUGCCUUCUGCCCGGUGGGAGAGGGGCGGCCUAUAUCUCGAACUCAACCUUGCCGCCGACCCCUGCCCGAUGCUGACAAUUAUUGUGCUCCUGCCAAACGGCAACAGCACGUGAUGGAAGACGAGACCGAGAUAGCUCUGCGACAAGCAAUAGAAUCUGUUCGGAUCAGAACCCCAGGACAGCGACCCCGAAUUUGCUUUCUCUGUGUGGGGAAUCCCAAUCUCGCGCUCAUAGACCGGAUCAAGGAAUACGCAACAGCUGGUUCACUGACAAAACAUUUUCUACGAAAACAUGUCAACACUCCCUGGCCAGCCAACGGGGUUGAGUGUAAUAUUUGUGGGAUGGAGCAGCUGGAGCAGAAAGCUACACUUUUAAAUCACGCAGAGACAUGCCACGGAACGGUUGUGCGAGGGUCCACCCAAGGGAAGCUUGCACGAGAAUGUCAACAAGCUAUAUACAUGCCGUAG